UAAAUGACAAGUACGCCAUCUUUUUUGUUAUUCAAGCAGCAGACUUCGUACAGUGAACACAUAUCGUUGACUGCACAGAUAUCCCUAUCAAGAUGCAGAUCUUUGUCAAGACAUUGACAGGAAAGACCAUCACACUUGAGGUGGAGCCAUCAGACAGUAUUGAAAAUGUGAAAGCCAAGAUCCAGGACAAAGAAGGAAUUCCCCCAGAUCAGCAGCGUCUCAUCUUUGCCGGUAAACAGCUGGAAGAUGGACGUACAUUGUCUGACUACAACAUUCAGAAGGAAUCCACACUCCACUUGGUGUUGCGUCUCCGAGGAGGUAUGCAGAUCUUUGUCAAGACAUUGACAGGAAAGACCAUCACACUUGAGGUGGAGCCAUCAGACAGUAUUGAAAAUGUGAAAGCCAAGAUCCAGGACAAAGAAGGAAUUCCCCCAGAUCAGCAGCGUCUCAUCUUUGCCGGUAAACAGCUGGAAGAUGGACGUACAUUGUCUGACUACAACAUUCAAAAGGAAUCCACACUCCACUUGGUAUUGCGUCUCCGAGGAGGUAUGCAGAUCUUUGUCAAGACAUUGACAGGAAAGACCAUCACACUUGAGGUGGAGCCAUCAGACAGUAUUGAAAAUGUGAAAGCCAAGAUCCAGGACAAAGAAGGAAUUCCCCCAGAUCAGCAGCGUCUCAUCUUUGCCGGUAAACAGCUGGAAGAUGGACGUACAUUGUCUGACUACAACAUUCAGAAGGAAUCCACACUCCACUUGGUGUUGCGCCGAGGAGGUAUGCAGAUCUUUGUCAAGACAUUGACAGGAAAGACCAUCACACUUGAGGUGGAGCCAUCAGACAGUAUUGAAAAUGUGAAAGCCAAGAUCCAGGACAAAGAAGGAAUUCCCCCAGAUCAGCAGCGUCUCAUCUUUGCCGGUAAACAGCUGGAAGAUGGACGUACAUUGUCUGACUACAACAUUCAGAAGGAAUCCACACUCCACUUGGUAUUGCGUCUCCGAGGAGGUAUGCAGAUCUUUGUCAAGACAUUGACAGGAAAGACCAUCACACUUGAGGUGGAGCCAUCAGACAGUAUUGAAAAUGUGAAAGCCAAGAUCCAGGACAAAGAAGGAAUUCCCCCAGAUCAGCAGCGUCUCAUCUUUGCCGGUAAACAGCUGGAAGAUGGACGUACAUUGUCUGACUACAACAUCCAGAAGGAAUCCACACUCCACUUGGUGUUGCGUCUCCGAGGAGGUAUGCAGAUCUUUGUCAAGACAUUGACAGGAAAGACCAUCACACUUGAGGUGGAGCCAUCAGACAGUAUUGAAAAUGUGAAAGCCAAGAUCCAGGACAAAGAAGGAAUUCCCCCAGAUCAGCAGCGUCUCAUCUUUGCCGGUAAACAGCUGGAAGAUGGACGUACAUUGUCUGACUACAACAUUCAGAAGGAAUCCACACUCCACUUGGUAUUGCGUCUCCGAGGAGGUAUGCAGAUCUUUGUCAAGACAUUGACAGGAAAGACCAUCACACUUGAGGUGGAGCCAUCAGACAGUAUUGAAAAUGUGAAAGCCAAGAUCCAGGACAAAGAAGGAAUUCCCCCAGAUCAGCAGCGUCUCAUCUUUGCCGGUAAACAGCUGGAAGAUGGACGUACAUUGUCUGACUACAACAUUCAGAAGGAAUCCACACUCCACUUGGUGUUGCGUCUCCGAGGAGGUAUGCAGAUCUUUGUCAAGACAUUGACAGGAAAGACCAUCACACUUGAGGUGGAGCCAUCAGACAGUAUUGAAAAUGUGAAAGCCAAGAUCCAGGACAAAGAAGGAAUUCCCCCAGAUCAGCAGCGUCUCAUCUUUGCCGGUAAACAGCUGGAAGAUGGACGUACAUUGUCUGACUACAACAUUCAGAAGGAAUCUACACUCCAUUUGGUAUUGCGUCUCCGAGGAGGAAACUAAAAAAAAACUGCUUGUCUCGCUUUGGUAUUCUAAAACACUUCUUUUAAAUUUGAUUAAUCAUGCUAAACAUUAUUGAAUUAAGCAAAGGACAUUUAUGAUACUGAGAUGAAGAACUACUUAAUUGCCCCCUUCGUUGCAAGAGAAAUGAUAAGUUAUUUGGAUAAUUGAGACUGGUUUUUAGUUAAAAUUUAACAUUCGUAAAAUUUGUUCUAGAUAAUUGUACCAUACCAGUAAACAAUUUAAAGAAAUAAA